AUGGCCUUAUGGAUGCUCUGGGCUGGACAGGCUAAGGGGACCCUGGGCGGCUGGGGGAUCACCUGCUUGGUGAUAUCUCUGCUCCUCCAGCACCCAGGAGUCCACAGCAAGUGCUACUUCCAAGCUCAAGCGCCCUGCCACCAUGAAGGGAAAUAUUUCACCCUGGGCGAGUCUUGGCUCCGCAAGGACUGUUUCCACUGCACCUGUCUGCAUCCCGUCGGUGUGGGCUGCUGUGACACGUCCCAGCAUCCUAUCGACUUCCCCGCUGGGUGUGAGGUACGUCAGGAGGCAGGAACGUGCCAGUUCUCCCUGGUGCAAAAAUCUGAUCCUCGGCUGCCCUGCAAAGGGGGAGGGCCUGACCCAGAGUGGGGCUCAGCUAACACCCCUAUUCCUGCGGCUCCUGCUCCCCACUCCAGCUAA